AUGGCGCAGUUGGGUGCAGCAACAACUGGACGAGAGGUUGUGGCAGCAUUUCCAGAGCGUGUCAAAGACAAAACGUUUCUUAUCACAGGCCCUUCUCCCAAUGGAAUUGGUUCAGCAACUGCCUACGCCUUAGCAACCGAGUCUCCCCAAACUCUCAUUCUUCUCUCCCGCUCCAAGGCUAAAUACCAAUCUGUCAUUGACAAGAUUCACGACAUCAAUCCUCUCGUCAAUGUCAAGUUUGUCGAAACAGACCUCGCAUGUAUGGCAAGCGUCCGCAAAGCUGCUGAGGCCAUACUCGCCGACAGAGACAUCACCACAAUCGACGCGCUGUUCAACAAUGCUGGUGUCAUCACCAACGAUCUCCAGCGCACACAAGAUGGACUUGAGGGUCAAUUUGCAAUCAACCAUCUUUCGCAUUUCCUCCUCACAAGCAUGCUUAUGCCUCGACUGUUGACCUCGACCUCCCCAAGAGUCGUUAACAUUUCGAGCCUCGGACACAAAUACUACGAGCCAACGUUCCAGGAUCCUCAUUUCAAUGAUAUAAAAACUGAGGGUUACAACCCCGCUAAGGCAUAUGCUCAAUCUAAAGGAGCCCAGAUCCUCUUCUCCGUGGCACUCAACCAGCGGUAUGCGAAAAAGGGACUUCGGUCGUUUGCUGUGCACCCGGGUAACAUGGACAGUGGCAUGUAUAACCACAUGAAGCCCGAGGUAUUGAUUGAUAUGGCACAGAGAAUCACGGGGAGGAGUCUUGAAGACGCGACUGAGGCGCUUACCAAGACUUCUGAAGAAGGUUGUGCCACUGGCCUCACCGCUGCGCUGGCGCCAGAUCUACCUGAUGGCGUUUUCAUGAAUAAUUGUUCAGUAACUAAAGAUCCUGAGUUUGUUACAGCUUGGGCACAGGAUGCUGGGAAAGCAGAGGUCUGUUGGAGAGUCAGUGAAGAGGCGGUUGGGCAGAGAUUUGCCAUGGACCUGGCAUGA